AUGAGUGGUAUAAAUGCAUUGGGUUUAGGUUGUCGAUAUGGGUGGUUUUGUAGGGAAUCUUUUAAAUUGGGUGUAGAUGGUAUAUUGGGUAUCGAUUUGUCAAAUAAAAUGAUCACAAAAGCAAAAGAGUUGGAUAAUGAUUUUGAUAAUAUUUUAUUAGUUUUAAAUACAAAACUCGAUACAUUAAACCAAAAUAAAGUUUUAAAUAUUUUAACAACAUAUUUUAAAAGUUUCAAUUUAAAUUAUUACAUAAUAAAUGAUAAUCAGGAAUUAAAUCAAGAUUUGCAAAUUACAGAUAAAUCAGUUAUUUACUUUUUACCAACUUUAGAAAAAUUAGAAUUAAAUAAUUUUAAAGAAAUAACAUUGCAAUAUUGUAAUGUUAACAAAUAUUUAUUAAAUAAUAAUCUAUCAACAAAAUUUAUAAUUUUAUCGACAGAUACAAAGAAAGAAUGUAUAAACUAUUUAAAUUCAUCAGUAUUGGGGGCAAUGAGAUAUUUUUUAGAAUUUAGGCAAUUAAAUUUAUAUUUAACAGACUUUGAUAAAGCAUCAUUAAAUAAUAUAAAUAUAAACAUAAUAAAUAUGGAUAUUAGCGAUAUGAAUUUAAUAGAAUCUUCAAUAAACCAAUUAUAUGAACAAAAUAAAGAUUUACCAAAGCCAGAUUCAAUUAUUCACUUUGCUUUCAUAAAAGCAUCUUACAGCUACAACGAAAUAUCAAUGGAGAAUUUAGAGAAAUCAUUAUCAGCCAAGGCAAUGGGUUCAAUAUAUUUACAUUUGCUCUCAAUAAAAUUAAAUUGGCCGGUAAGGCAUUUUAUAAAUGGUUCAUCAACAUGUUCACUACUUGCCUAUAGAAGCACUCCUUCCUCUUCCGUAAACUUGAAGCAAAAAAUGCAAGGUGAUUGGAAAGAA